AUUGAAAGACUUACUUAAAAUGGAAUAACCGGAAGUUAAACAAAUAUGUCAACAGAAAGCGGCAAACGUGAAAUCGGCGAAGUCGAUGAUGACGAUUGCAUUGGACCAUUGCCAGAAGAAGCAGUGAAAACAAAGAAAAGGAAAAUUUUGGAAUAUGAACAAGUUUACCUCGACAAUCUACCUAAUGCAGAAGCUUAUGAGAAAAGCUUCAUGCACAGAGAUGUUGUUACUCACAUAGCUGUCUCAAAAUUUGACUUCAUUGUGACUGCAAGUUGUGAUGGCCAUGUCAAAUUCUGGAAGAAAAACGAAGAGGAAGGAAUUGAAUUUGUCAAACAUUUCAGAAGCCAUUUGGGAAAUGUUGAAGAUCUAGGAAUGAGUGAUAAUGGAGAGCUAUGCUGUACCAUAUCCGAUGACAGAUCAGCCAAAAUAUUUGAUGUAGUUAAUUUUGACAUGAUAAACAUGAUCAAGCUGACAUUUGCACCCCUGGCCUGUGGCUGGCUCUUCAGAUCAGGGGACAUUAUCCAAGCACUUGCAAUCUCUGAAAAGGAGAAUCCCACGAUACAUAUCUUUGAUGGAAGAGGGAGCCAUGAAAGUAUUCACAAAGUAGAGAAGCUCCACUCUAAACCUGUCACACUCAUUAAGUACAACGCUGUGUUUGAAGCUGCAGUUUCUGUGGACAUGGGCGGUAUGCUGGAGUACUGGACUGGACCAAAGACAGACUUUGCCUUCCCUAAGAAAGUAUUAUGGGAAUAUAAGACAGACACAGACCUGUAUGAAUUUGCAAAGUGUAAGACCAUCCCAACAGGACUGUCAUUCUCAAAAGAUGGUAAACAAAUGGCAACAAUAGCCAAAGAUAGAAAGGUACGAGUGUUUAAGUAUUUGACAGGCAAACUGUCCAAGGUUUUAGAUGAAUCACUUCAACAGUUUACAGAACUUCAACAAAUGAAGCAACAGCUUCCCAACAUGGAGUUUGGUAGAAGAUUAGCAGCAGAGAGGGACCUGGAAAAGUCAGAUCAGUUCAAUCGAUGCAAUAUAAUCUUUGAUGACAGUGGACAUUUUGUUUUGUAUGCUACUAUGUUAGGAGUAAAAGUAAUAAAUCUCUACACCAAUCGCUGUGUGAGGACAUUAGGGAAGUCCGAGAAUGCUCGCUUCCUCCAAGUGAGUUUGUUCCAGGGAACGGGGAAGAAGCAGAAGGCAGCUGUGGAUGUGGAGAUGGUGGCCUCAGACAACCCGAUCCUACAGAAUGUCCUGUUUGAUCCCAUCCUCUUCUGUACGGCAUUCAAAAAGAAUCGCUUCUACAUGUUCACUCGAAGGGAACCUGAGGACACAAAAAGUGCUGAUGCUGAGAGGGAUGUCUUUAAUGAAAAGCCAUCUAAAGAAGACAUUGUUGCAGCAACACAGGAUGCGUCGUACACACGUGUCUCUGAGUCGUGUGUUAUCCACACCACCAUGGGAGACAUUCAUCUCAAGCUGUUUGCCAAGGAGUGUCCAAAAACUGUGGAAAACUUUUGUGUUCAUUCUAAGAAUGGUUAUUACAAUUCACAUGUGUUCCAUCGUGUGAUCAAAGGAUUCAUGGUUCAGACAGGGGACCCACUAGGCAACGGAACUGGAGGAGAGUCAAUAUGGGGUGGAGAAUUUGAGGAUGAAUUCCACCCAAACCUGAGACAUGACCGCCCCUACACGGUCAGCAUGGCUAACGCCGGGCCCAACACAAACGGCUCUCAGUUCUUCAUAAUCGUUGCCCCUACACCCUGGCUGGACAAUAAACACACUGUGUUUGGUCGCGUCACCAAGGGAAUGGAAGUGUGUCAGAGUAUCAGCAAUGUGAAGGUCAACCCAAAAACAGACAAGCCUUAUGACGAUGUGCGGAUCAUUAACAUCUCAUUGAAAUAAAAUUACAUGUAAAAAAUG